AUGUUUAAAAUUCCAAGACAAAUAAGAUUUGCGACAAAUUCGCUUAAUCUAACAAAUACUUUGAAACAUAGGUUUUAUAAACGAACUAUUAUUUUUAAUAAUAAUAGUAAUAACGUUUCUUUAAAAAGACAUUUUGAAAAAGAAAAAUAUAAUAAACGAUUAUCGCCAAUAAAGUCUGUUAACAAACGUAUCACCACCUCCUCUCAUAAUGUAACGGCUUCAAAUCCUAAGAGAAAAACGGAAAAUAUAAUAGAAAGGAGAAAAAUCAAAAAAUUUGAUGAAUUAUCGUUUAAACAAAAGGUUGUUGGAGCAACAAAAGUAACUACAUACCUUGGAGUUAUUAUGGUAGGAGUUGGUGUUUUUGUUGUGAUUAUAUAUUAUAUUUAUACCGAAAUUUUUGGACCCGAAAGUUCAACAAGAGUAUUUGGUGAUGCAUUGGACAAAGUUAGAGCUGAUAUUGAGGCAUUGUCAAAAAUUAAUUGGCUUACCUAUGACUGGACAUGGUGGACAUGGGUCAAACCCAAGAAGGCGGCGUCAUUCUCCACGGCUAACGGAACUAAACAUAGAAUAUUAAAUUUUAUUGUUGAAGGACCAUAUUCAUACGGGAAAGGAUCAAUUGAUAUGCUGAAGAAUAAUAAAAAUAAAUGGACAACAAAAUAUAUAGUUGUAUUUCUUCCAGUAAAUUGUGGUCGAAUUUUGAAAAUGUGGGGAUUUGGAUAUAACUCAAUGGGAUACAAACAAGGUAUAUUAGGAAAAUUUAUUCAAGCACAUAUUGGGGAUACAACUAAAGAUGGGAUAUAA